CUGGCCGCGGACAGCAGCGGCGGCGGCUCAGGCUCGGCGACUCUCCGCUUCUCCCCCUGCGGGCUCCGCUUCGGCGCUGGGGGGCCGGCGGGUCCCUGCCCCUGUGCGUGUCUCUCCCCCCCGGGCGCCCUCCGCGGCGCAGGCUGAGCCAGCCCCGAGCGGCGCGGACGGGGCGGUGAGGGGCGCGCCUCCCUCGCCCGGAGACUGUCUGUGGGGCGGAAGGGGGAGAGAGGACGGAGCGAGAAGGGGGCGCAGCUUCCAGCCCGGAGAAAUCAUCACAAUGUGAACAGAUAUUUUAAAGCUUUCCCUGGGUGGUUCAUGAUUUUAUUGGUGACAAGAUGACGAUUCAUAUUUUUACCAAAGGACCCAGUGAGUCAUCUUAUUAACUCUACUGAAGUACAUGAUUGGCAAUAUUCCUACCACAUUAACCAACUGACUUCACAAUGACUGAGGAUUUAGAUCACAGAUUCAGUUGUCUCACUUGGGAUCAGAUAAAAAUACUGGAUCAAGUAUUAACUGAGGUAAUACCUAUUCAUGGAAGAGGAAAUUUUCCAACACUCGAGGUAAAGCCAAAGGAUAUCAUUCAUGUUGUAAAGGAGCAGCUUAUUGAGAAGCAAAUCACUGUUAGAGACAUCCGCCUGAAUGGUUCAACAGCUAGUCACAUCCUUGUGAAACAGAAUGGAACUAGCUACAAAGACCUGGACAUCAUUUUUGGUGUUGAACUACCAAGUGAACAAGAAUUUCAGGUUGUUAAGGAGGCAGUGCUGAAUUGCCUACUGGACUUUUUACCAAAAUGUGUCAAUAAAGAAAAGAUCACUGCUCAGACUAUGAAAGAUGCAUAUGUGCAAAAGAUGGUCAAAGUCUCCACUGAUCACGACCGCUGGAGCCUCAUCUCAUUGUCAAACAACAGUGGGAAGAAUGUAGAACUAAAAUUUGUAAACUCACUCAGACGACAGUUUGAAUUUAGCGUUGACUCCUUUCAAAUAAUACUGGACUCCAUGUUAAAUGUUUACAGUGAUACAGAAUGUGAAUUGACAGAAGACUUACAUCCCACCAUUAUUGCAGAGAGCAUGUAUGGAGACUUCAAUGAGGCAAUGGACCAUUUAAAAUACAAACUUAUUUCCACAAGGAACCCUGAAGAAAUCAGAGGUGGAGGCCUUCUGAAAUACAGCAACCUUCUGGUUCGUGACUUUAAGCCAGCAGAUGAGGCUGAAAUUAAAUCUUUAGAACGUUAUAUGUGUUCCAGAUUCUUCAUUGAUUUUCCUGAUGUGGCUGAGCAGCAAAGGAAAGUUGAGUCAUAUUUGCGCAACCAUUUCAUUGGGGAAGAAAAGAGCAAGUAUGACUACCUGAUGACUCUGCGCGGAGUUGUGAAUGAGAGCACAGUGUGUCUUAUGGGACAUGAACGACGACAAACUCUGAACAUGAUUACAAUUCUUGCUUUAAAAGUACUUGGAGAACAAAACAUCAUCCCAAAUGCAGCCAACGUAACAUGCUACUAUCAGCCCGCUCCAUAUAUCAGUGACAGGAACUUCAGCAAUUACUAUGUUGCUCAUGGACAGCCACCUGUCAUCUACCAGCCAUAUCCAUUUCAUAUACAAAUGCAAAGUGGAAUGGUUUAGUAAAAGUUAGCCUCCUCACUGCCCACCCCGCUACCCUAGUUGUCCAAAAUAAAGGCCUCAUUACAGCAAGUGUUA